GGGAGAUUUUUUCCGAAAUCCACAGACAGUUAGGUGAACUAGAAGUCAUGCGUUACUCAAUUCUGUUCUUCGCGGCGGUUUUCGCCUUCGCGGCUGCUGAAUAUCAAUCAUACGAUGGAUAUCAAGUUGUGACCAUUAAAGUGGACGAUCUGAAGAAACUGGAUCUUCUGUUCCAAUGGCAAGAGCAGGGAAUCGACUUCUGGGAUGACAUCAACUCAGUCGGCCGUCCAAUGAGAGUCAUGAUUCCUCCAGCUCUUCUCGAAGAGUUUCCCGCCUUCCUCAGAAACAACGAGAUUUCCUACGAGCUGACAAUUCCUAAUGUCGAAACUGUUCUCGCCGAGGAGCGCAGAGUUAAUAUCGAAAGUAGGGCUCGCGCUAUGCUGAAAAGGAGCAUUUCACCACGAGCGACUGCCGACUUCAGUUAUUACUGGCAACCUGCUGAAAUUAAUCAGUAUCUGAGCGAUCUGGCCGCCGAAUAUCCCAAUUUAGUAACUCUUGAAUCGGCUGGACAGAGUUACGAAGGCCGCGACAUCCCAGUGGUCAGAAUUUCGAACACAAACUUCGAUGGAACCAAACCUAAGAUCUUCAUUGAUGCCGGAAUUCACGCCCGCGAGUGGAUCGCUCCGAUGGCUGCGCUUAAUCUUAUCCACGAACUUGUGGAGCAUUCGGCUGAUCAUGCGGAUUUCCUUGCCUGCGAUUGGAUCGUCAUUCCUAGCGUGAAUCCGGAUGGAUAUCAAUUUACUCACGACAGCAACCGCAUGUGGAGGAAGACUCGCUCACACAAUGCUGGAAGCACUUGCCGAGGAGUCGAUGGCAACAGGAAUUACAGAUAUUUCUGGGGUUUCGGAACCGGAAUCAGUACUAAUCCCUGCUCUGAUGUGUUCCUUGGACGUCAGCCUCUCUCUGAGCCUGAGACUCAGGCUGUGGCAAAUGAGUUGGCUAGAGAUGCUGCUGGCAUUCGCUUGUAUCUCAGCUUCCACUCUUACGGAGACUGGCUUCUGUUUCCUUGGGGAUACGAUCGUGUUUAUCACGACAAUCACGAUCAGCUUGAUCUCGUGGGACAGCAAGUUGCUGCUGCCAUUAAUACCGCUCACGGAAGGACUUACACUGUUGGCAAUUCCGCCAUCCUUCUCUAUCCAGCUGCUGGAGCCAGUGAUGACUACGCAGCUGGUGAGCACAACAUCCCGCUUUCCUACACUGUUGAACUGACUGGCGGCGGAAGUCAAGGAUUCGAUCUGCCUCCGGCUCAAAUUGUUCAAAUCACCGGAGAGAUCUUCACUGGUCUUCGCGCCUAUGCUCAAUAUGUUGCUGCCAAUUUCUAAAUUCUGGAAAAAUAAACUGAUGUUUUAUAUCA